AUGAACUUUCAGCGUCCAGCUGCUAACGUCGACAAAGUGAAGCAGGUAAUGGAGCGAUUACAAGCGACGCCAACGCCAUAUGAGUGUUACACGAUCGCAGUUAAUCAUGCGAGAAAGAAAGAGAAUGAAGAAAAAUCUAAAGAGAACGGAGAAAAGAAACCUGUUCCAACAGCUCAGAAGAUGUAUACCCAUCAUGAUCCUGCAACGGAACGGCCUGCAGUGUCUUCGGUUUCGGGCAUCAACGAGGAAGUGAUUGAUCUCAGCGAUGAAGCACUCGCGGCAAGGGCAGAGUCGUCAUUUGCGGACUCCGAAAUAUUAACGAAAAAAGAGCUUAAACGGAAGAGAAAAAUUGCUCGAAAAAAUGCGGACAUUACAACAGAGCUGCCGAAGGAAGGAAAUCCUGCACCUGACAAGAAGCGCACAAAAAAAGGAAAAAAGAAAGGAAAUCUUUCUGCUAAAAAGCGCGCAGUGGAAGAGAAUAAGACCAAUGGAGAACCUCUAUGUACUGAAAAUCGCAUGAAAGUGGAUAAUAAGGAGGUUUCAACUGAGUUGCCGGGAGAAGAAGGUCCUUCUUAUACUGUUAAACGGGUAAAACGGGAUGGUGGGGAGGAAGAAGCCAAGUCAUUCGACUACUCUCAGUUCGACAAAACUGUUUUCAACGAGAAACCGUCCGGAUUGGAUAGUUCGUUCGAUCCAUUCAAUCAAAAACAUCGCGUGGAAAACAAGAAGAAUUUCCGUCGGCGAGGUCGAGGAGGACUUCACAGAAUGGGCACGAUGAGUAUAGGUUAUACACCAUCAUCAAAGAAAUGA